UUUUAUUAUUGCAUGUCAGCUCCAUUCUACACCGUCAAAGUAAUAUCACUCAUUAAACGAAGGACGUACCUGCUUAAGAUUUCAUUCGUGCAUAUGCUGAGUAUUUGAAGAAAAACAAUAAAAUUAAAAUUCCAGAAUGGGCAUCCAUUGUUAAAACUGGACUUGGAAAAGAAAUUUCACCAAUUGAUUAGGAUUGGAUGUAUGUUAGAGCUGCUGCACUUGCUCGUAAAAUAUAUGUGAGAGGUCAUUGGGUAUUCAAUUUAUAUUACAUUUAAGGGUGUUGGAAAUCUGACUCAUAUGUUCGGAUCAGUCAACGAUAAUGGUAAGCACGAAUCCGGAUCAGGAAAAGUCAUUAGAUAUCUAUUCUAAUAAUUAGAAUAAAUCAAAGUCUUGAAGAAAGACAACAAGUCCCUCUUAAAGAAGGGAUCAAGAAUUGUUACCAAGGAAGGAUAAUAAGACUUAAACAGAAUUGCAACUUAAGUUGCUUUGGCUGCCAGAAAAUGAUUUAUUAAACAUAAAGAACAUUAACACCUGUCGAUAUUAUUGUAAACA